GUCAAAGUCAAAACAUCACUCAGAGUAGUGCAGCUGCAGAGUAUGUUAUUUGGUAAACAUUGUGAAAAUAUUGCAUUUAACUUGUGAAUUGUAAUGAAACUAGCACAACAAGCACGAUGAACGUAUUUCCAAUAACCGAUAUCCCGGAGUUCUCGAAGAAGCGGCGCAUUGUAGUGGUAGGCAUUAUUGGCAAAUCGCCGUAUCGGUACCCAAACAAAGCAACCCCACUUAUACCCAACGUACAAACUGCAGAGAAUGGAAUAGAAUGUCACUGGGAUGAACGUCGCUCCAUUCUCUACCUACACGCUGUGACAUACCUUGACACGAAAAGACUGACAACCCUUGCAGCUUCUCUGAAUGAAGAAGAGUCUGAAAGUGCAGAUCAGGAGGCUGAUUCUGCAAACUGGUUGGUGGCCUCAGGAGAGCUGGCUGUGGAGUCCUGCAAAGCUAUAGCUCUGCUGUUCCACUUGUGUCAUAUAGUUGUGUUAUCUUCCCCAACAUCAGUGUUUGACCUUGGAUAUCUGCAGCUGUUUAAGGCUAUUGAUGCUUACAGAACAGAACAAAUUGGCCGCAGUACAGAAGCCCUACUCAAUAUAAAAGCGACGGGUGCAUGGAAGUCACAUGGGCGAUGUUGUUGCCCUCGCCUACUGUUCCACUUCCGUCGCGCCCCGAAUCCUCUGAAGAAGGUACCGGCAGCACUGAAGAGAUUAGAACAUGCUGUUGAGGAUCAAUUGUACUUUAUACUUAGGAAGGCGCGGAUUAUUACAAAUGUUUGUGCCAAAUCCCUGUUCGCAAUACCAAAGAACGAAGAGUUUGUAUACAUUAUCGGUGACGAAGAGAGUCACAGCGCUCGAGACGUGAGCGCAUUAGUCCGUGGUUUGGUGGCGCGAUGCAAUUCAGUGCCAGAUACUCCGACACCACGCCGAUCCUUCCGCCAGUUCCUACAGACACAUAUAGACAUGGCCUUUGGAGACGGUUUCGAUGAUAACGUCGGAAAAUAUGCUAUGAGUACGUCCUUCUUCGAGUUGCCGAGUGCGCCAGCGUGGCGUGAAGCUGCGCAGGCGCUGUGCGGGGUGUACCUGGCCCCGGUUGCGCGCGCGCAGGACGAGCCCGCCUCGUCAGCGCUGUACGACGCACUCGCUACUGACGUACGAUUCUCACAGGCACGCUGUGCUAAGGUGCUACCUAUAGCACAGGCGUCAUACGCGGAAGGAUUACCUGCACAUUACUCCAGCCAACAUCAUGCACAUAAGGUAAGUGUAGCGCUGGGCGUGUUAGACAGCAUGGCGCGGGGCCCGCUGUCCCGCGGGGCCCGCGCGCGUCUCAGCGCCGCCUGCGCCGCCAUCUGGCGCACGCGCAGUCUGUGCGAGGCACUCUCUCUUACCGGACACGUCUGCAUCGAGCCCGAGCAUGACAGUAGCAAGGAGCACUCGUCGGGCGUGCGCUACAUAUCAGCGUGUAACUGCGGGCGCUGCAAGUGGUCCCGCGAGGACCCGUACUCGCUGCGCCGCGCCAACUGCACCUUCUACGCCGAGGCCGCCGAAGAGUGCGGGGUCUGCCCCACUCUGCAGACCAUCGAAUUCCCCGUUUUCCAACCUUCCACACCCUCCUACAAAGCGGCGGCGUUGAAGGAAGCGGAGGAAGCGGCGGAGCGCGCGUUGUCGCGGCGUUCGCCGGCGGGGUCGGGCGUGUCGCCCGCGUCCGCGGCGUCGGCCGACAACAACUGGUCCGCGCCCGACGCGCUGUCGCCCGGCUCCGCGCGCGACGACGACGACGACGACAAGUCGCACGACUCGGACCGAUACGUCGUGCCCGUUAGAGGCGAUGCUGCGACUGAGAAGACAAUGAGUCGGCAGCCAUCGACGACGGAGUACCUGCCAGGCAUGCUGCACUCGCAGAGCCCGGCGGGGCUGCUGCCUGCGUUCGCGAGCUGGUCGCUGGUGUGCCUGGGCGCGUCCAGCCUGUACUCGCACGCGCUGGGGCUGCCCGAGCAUCUACAGCCCGGCUUCCUGCCACACACCAACUAUCUGCUGCCCUGGGACUGCGCCGUGCGGUUGGAGUCAAUGAGUGGGUGGCGGGUAUCAGGCCCGUCUCGUGGCCGCGGAAAGAUUGCACCGCACCAUCACCUCACGGUCAAGAUAUUCAUCGGAUUCGAGUACGAGUGCCCUAGGGGUCACAGGUUCAUGAUGUCAUCCCCGGAGACGAUGGUGUCGGGCGGCGGGGGCGCGCUGGGGCGCGAGGCGGGCGCGGCGGGGGCGCGGCUGGCGGGCGCGGCCAUGCCGGUGUACGCGGCCUGCGUGUGCCGCGCCGCGCCCGCGCCCGCGCCCGCCGCGCCUGCGCACGCGCAGCUCAUGCGCCUGCACGUCGUCACGCCUAAGGCGCCCGUACACGUCACACUACACCCCAAGGUCCAACCAGUACCAGGAGGACCGAUCUUCGUGCCGCAACCAGUGGGCUCUCCGCCCAUCAAACUGUCAGCCUCAGCAUACUGGGUGCUGCGGUUCCCAUACAUGUACUCGGACGAGAGGGGCUGCCUCCCGCGGCCUAGGCCCGGAGUCCCCCACCAAUCGGGCACCAUCAUCACCCCACUCUUCGGCCUACAGGACUAACAAAUCCCCUGGGCCCAGAAGACCCCGAAAAAACUCUCCAAGACAGCCAAACGAAGAGCGCAACGUAUGAGACAAGCAAACCAACAGAACGACACCAAAAAAGGCUUGUAAAAUCAAUUUUGGACCUUAAGACUUUUUAAUAGAGUUCAUAGUGGCAUUUAUGUUACGCUAGUGCGUUUAUGACAUAUCGAUCAGUGUUAGUUGAUAGAGAAAAAUCAAAGAAAUUCAAAUCCAAUUUACUAGUUGUUGACGUACCAUUCAGCGAGAGAUAAAUGUUGUCUAAAAUUAUUAAAAAUCUUAAAUUUUCAAAAAAAAAAACUAAUAUUCUCAAAAAAAAGUAAUUAAAUUAAAUAAUAGAGUCAAUCUGUGUGAUAAUGUAGCUGUGUGUCUUCAAUAGUUUUGUGAUUCAAAUAAAAAUUAGAAUCAGACUAACAUAUCUUGACCUGUCUUUAUUAGCCGUUUCACAGAAAGAGAGGGAUAAACAUAUA